AUGGCGGCGGCGUUGGAAGUGCCCGCGGCCUCAGCCUCCGACGAGAUGGCGGGCCCGGCGCCGGAGCCGCCCCCGGGGCCGGCGCGCAGCCUGCGGACGGCCCACGACCUCGGCGGCCCGCGGCCCCGCACGGGGGACGUGCUGCUGGCCGAGCCCGCGGAUUUCGAGUCGCUGCUGCUGUCGCGGCCGGUGCUGGAGGGCCUGCGGGCGGCGGGCUUCGAGCGGCCCUCGCCGGUGCAGCUCAAAGCCAUCCCGCUGGGGCGCUGCGGCCUCGAUUUGAUUGUUCAGGCGAAGUCUGGUACUGGGAAAACGUGUGUCUUCUCCACCAUUGCUUUGGACUCCCUCGUUCUUGAGAACUUAAGUACCCAGAUUUUGAUUUUGGCUCCGACAAGAGAAAUCGCUGUUCAGAUACAUUCGGUUAUCACAGCCAUUGGAAUCAAAAUGGAAGGCCUAGAGUGUCAUGUCUUUAUUGGAGGGACUCCACUAUCACAAGACAAAACCAGACUUAAAAAUUGUCACAUUGCUGUUGGAUCUCCUGGCAGAAUUAAACAACUCAUAGAACUUGACUACUUGAACCCAGCCAGCGUGCGUCUUUUUAUUCUUGACGAAGCAGAUAAGCUUUUAGAAGAAGGCAGCUUCCAGGAGCAAAUAAAUUGGAUUUACUCGUCUUUGCCUGCCAGUAAGCAGAUGUUGGCAGUGUCGGCAACAUACCCUGAAGUUUUGGCUAACGCUUUGACAAAGUACAUGAGAGAUCCCACUUUUGUAAGAUUAAAUUCUAGCGAUCCAAGUCUUAUAGGUUUGAAGCAGUAUUAUAAAAUUGUUAAUUCCUACCCUUUGGCUCAUAAGAUUUUUGAGGAAAAGGCUCAACAUUUGCAGGAGCUGUUCAGCAGAAUUCCAUUUAAUCAAGCCUUAGUCUUUUCUAAUUUGCACAGUAGAGCACAGCAUUUGGCUGAGAUCCUCUCUUCGAAAGGUUUUCCUGCUGAGUGCAUAUCUGGGAACAUGAGUCAGAAUCAGCGUCUUGACGCCGUGGCUAAACUGAAGCAGUUUCACUGCAGGGUCCUCAUCUCCACAGAUCUGACUUCUCGCGGGAUUGAUGCUGAGAAAGUGAAUCUGGUUGUCAACUUGGAUGUGCCAUUGGAUUGGGAGACAUACAUGCAUCGGAUUGGCAGAGCUGGUCGUUUUGGGACGUUGGGACUCACGGUGACCUACUGUUGUCGGGGCGAAGAAGAGAACAUGAUGAUGAACAUUGCUCAGAGGUGUAAUCUCAGCCUUCUUCCUCUUCCAGAUCCCGUCCCUCCUGGUCUGAUGGAAGAGUGCUGCGGGCAGGAUGUGCAGGAUGUGCAAGCGAAGGCUCCUGUGCACGAGCAUGCCUCAGCGAGCGCGCCUACCCAGGCCGCCACGGGGCAAACCACGCAUAGGAUAGAGAGGACCUUUCAGACGCCCAAGCCCCGGGGGGUCCAGACGGCUUCAUCCCGGCUUACCUCUGUCUCCGCCCAACCCAAAAGUACCACCAGACAGAAGCUGCCUGCGAAAAGCCACUCGCACUGUGGCGUCUCAGAAAAAGCCAUGUCACCCAAAGAACCGGGCGGCUGUGCCCUGCCUCCGGAAGAGCAGAUGAGGGCGUCCGAGCAGCGGCCUGUCGAAAGCUCCGCCAGUAGUCAGCAUCCGCCCGUGUCACUGCCCCAGAUUCCCUGUCUGUCUUCCUUUAAGGCCCUCCCGCUGUGCGCGUUGUCUUUUACAGAGUUGGUGGAGGACUAUGACCAUUACAUUCGAGAGGGCUUGGAGAAGCCUGUGGAGAUCAUCAGGCACUACACCGGCCCUGGGGAUCCCGCUGUGAGUCACCAAAACGGCUUUGUGAGACACAGAGUCCCCGAAGAGAGAGUGCAGGUGUUGGCAAGUAGUAGCCAGUCGGGGGACUCUGAAAGCGACAGUGAUUCUUACAGCUCAAGGACUUCUUCCCAGAGCAAAGGCAAUAAGUCAUACUUGGAAGGCUCUUCUGAUACUCAGAUAAAAGAUCCCCGGCCUACUCUGGUGGGUGGCCGGACUGCUCUGGAACAGCCCCCCGGUGGAAAGGACACCCCCAGUCUGGAGGAAUAUCACAGAUCCCCCGAGAUCCCCCUAACGGCCCGGCAUAAAGGAGGGGCUCACCAGAGAGCGAAGCAGAGCCGCCGGAAUCUUUCCCGGCGGUCUUCCUACCGAGCGCAGGCAGAAGCCCAGGAAGACAGUUGGUAUGACUGCCACCGGGAGGCACAUCCGGGUUUUUCUGAUAACUACCAGGAUUAUGAGGAGUACUGGAGAGCCUACUACAGGGCGUGGCAGGAAUACUACGCCGCUGCUUCCCAGUCCUACUACUGGAAUGCGCAGAGACAUCCCAACUGGAUGGCAGCCUAUCAGAUGCAUACUGUGUACCUACAAGAAAUGAUGCGUGCUCACCAGCGUUUAUAGGGCACUGCACCCGAGGCCCAUGGAGCCACCAGCGAGCGCUGCCGUUGGCUGGCCACCCUCCUCCACCUAUAGUAGCAGAGUGGCGUAGAGUGGCAUUCUUGGGGCCUUGAAAAGAACUGAGGCUUCCCUCCGGUCACAUCCGUUUCUCAGAUUGUGUGGAUCUUAGGCCAGGAUUAUUAUCUGCUCAAUUUAAGAGACUGGGUGGAUCAGUUUCUUGUCAUAGUUUUGGGGACCUAGAGUCCAAAGGUCCCCGAGCGCCAUUUUCUAUAAGCCAUUUCAGAAAGAAGCAUAUGAAGACAGAUUUCACUGCUCACUUCAAUAAAAACACUUGCGGUUUGGAAAGUAA